AGCAAUGUUUAUAUUCUGUACCAAAACUUGCACCAGAGUUGCAUCAGUUACUUUAUGAUAGAUUGUAAUUAAUGACUGAUGACCAGUUAAGAUAAAAUCAGUUAUAAAAGUACAAAAAUUAUGUUAUGGAAUGUUAUAUUAAUGUCCACAAAUUCGGAGUUUUCGCAGAGUUUAUUAAUGUUGUCCAGCUUGGAAACUCCGUGAAAGUGUACAGUCGUCCAGCCUCAUUCAUUAGUUUUGAACACAGAUCCUGUACAAGCAGAAGUGUGAGUAAAACCUCACAAUUUUGGCAUUGUUUAAUAGUUGUAUGAUAGAAAUACACCAUUUCAACAGCUAGUCGAUAGUUUAGCUAGCAAUUCUUUUUGCAAAUGAUUGUUUUUUUAAAAGAUUCUAGACUUGAAUCUGAAACUGUAGUUUAUUAACAAAGUGGUGUCGAUGCCCCGAGUAUCUUGACUGAAGGAAGUUUAAAGGUGCAAUAGUCAAUUUUUUUUUUCUUACUAAUAAUACGAAUAAGCUGGAAAAUGUAUAGAACGUGAUAAAAAACGAUGGUUUCAGUCGUGAUCUCAGGAGAAAAGUAUUACCUGGCUGAGAAAACCCCUUUGGAAAACUGCUUUACGGUCCGGAAUGCAUGUUUGUGUUUACAUGGCCAUCCUGUCAGUCAUUUAUAGACCCUCCCUCACACCCCUUCACUCCUCACAUGCUAACAUAAGAGCUUAUUAUGAAGAAAAAAGGACAGAGACUGCACUUGUGACCAUUCUCAUAAAUCAUGAGCCGGAUUUUGCGUGUUUAUAGUGUUAUAUAGUGUUAUAUAGUGCGCUUGAAAGUGAUGUCCUGACAAUCCUUGCUAAUGCCAACUAGCUGAAACACCAUUUGUGUUAAAAAAAUAAUAAAUAAAAUCUUAUUUAGCUCCAUCUACUUAACGGAGAGAGACCUAAUCUUGAGAAAUUUUACCUAAAGCACCUUUAACUGAGAUGAUUUGUACAGGAUUUAGCUGACUCCAUUAACUCCUCAAGUGUGGAACAGCAAGAUGUCCCAGCAUGCUUUGCUCUCGUUGGGGGCCAAGGCAUGGCGCUGCCUGUCCUGCUCCAAAUCUGAACUUCGUCUGGACCUGACACUGGGAUGUGGGCAAACUUUCAGAUGGCGUGAGACAGGGGAAGGCCACUGGACAGGAGUGAUGGGGGGACGAGUGUGGACGCUAACUCAGACGGAGGACACUUUAUGGUACCACGUGUACAAGCGCCAUGACGAUCCGGAUCUCAUGAACGGACGGAAAAGAAAAAAAGCAGAGAGCUCACAAGAAUCAGGGAAGAAGCUUAAAGAAAUGGCUGACGUGAAGGAGGAAGAGGAUGAAACGAGCCUUUGCAUGUUGACCUCCGAGCAGGAUGGCAAAGACGAGGAGGCGCUGAGAGACUAUUUCCAGUUGAGUGUUAAGCUGGAGGACUUGUACAAAGAGUGGGGUGAUGCAGAUCCGCACUUCAGCCACACAGGCAACAUCUUCUCAGGAGUGCGCAUGUUGCGCCAGGACCCUGUGGAGUGUCUCUUCUCGUUCAUCUGCAGCUCGAAUAAUCACAUCUCUCGGAUUCAGGGGAUGGUCGAGCGUUUGUGUAGCGCACUUGGGACGCUACUCUGCAAGCUCGAUGACACACACUAUCACGACUUCCCCUCCAUAGAGGCUUUAGCAGAGAGCAGUAUAGAGGCACGGCUACGGGAUUUGGGUUUUGGCUACCGAGCUCGUUUCCUACAGCAAAGUGCGCACCUGAUUAUGAGCUCCCAUGGUGCUAACUGGCUCCAUACACUCCGUAACGCCCCCUACCUGCAGGCCAGAGAUGCUCUCCUUACACUCCCUGGUGUUGGCCCUAAGGUGGCCGACUGUGUGUGUUUGAUGUCACUGGACAAGUCUGAAGCCGUCCCUGUAGACACACACGUGUGGCAGAUUGCGAGGCGUGACUAUAGCUGUGCUGCAGGAAGUAGACAGAAGACUUUGACCGAUAAAGUCUACAAAGAGAUCGGGGAUUUCUUCAGAAAGCUUUGGGGAUCCUAUGCUGGCUGGGCUCACUCUGUUUUGUUCUGUGCUGAUCUAAAGAAGUUCCAGAAGCUGAAAGAAAUCCCACCCAUAAAAGAAGAAAAGAAGCAAGCAAAGACAGAGAAAAAGAAAAAGAAUACAAACUAUAAAAAGAGAGCGAAUGUGAAAAAGGAAGGAGGAGACUAAGAUCAGCAGUCUGAUCUCCCUCUCUUUCAAACAAAACUCUGACGCUGGACAGUUUUCUUUUGACUGGAAGAAAAACUCAGGGAUGAAAUCAAGUUUUUAGUAUCAGUGACUGCUUAUGCUGCCAGAAAGCACAAAUACUAUGUAUUGAAUUUUGGUGUAUGGCAGACUUUAGCUCCUAAAGGAAACUCAAUUUAUAACAGCUAUUGUUUUAUGUGGGAAAAUGAUUUUUUUUUUUUAUAAGAUAAUGUGAAAACAGUUGUGUUGUGUGAGCACUAUCCAUUAUAGUGCGUGCAUGUGUGCCAACAUCUACAGUUUAACUGUAGCAUUUACAGUUUCUUUGACUCCUUGGUACGGAAAUUUGGCACACACCUGUAAACUACACUUGUCUGCUUUUUUCAGCUAAAGAAACGAUCAUGUUUGCCCGGUGGAAAAGCAGAUAUGGUGAAAAAGAAAGGACACAUGUGGCUGUUACUUCUGCUUUGUGCUGACGUGACCUAAUGGAACCUUGCCCUGUAAAUGCAGAAGCCUCA